GUGUCUGCUCUGUGGGAAGGAGGCGGCAGGAGCGGCACCGCCAGGAGAGAGGCCCUGUCGGGCGGCGGCCACUGAGGGACCCGGCUCUCCGAGGCUCUUUGAUGAAGGAGGGGGAGCCGGGGCCGCUCCGUGCCAGCCUUUCCCUUCGCCCUCUAAGCCCAGCCCCGCCAUGUCCUUCUUCCGGCGGAAAGUGAAAGGUAAAGAGCAGGAGAAGAUCACAGAUGCGAAGGCAAUUAAAACCGCAAUACCAGUACAUUCCCCGCAGAAAAGCACUAGAAACCAUGCCCUACUGGAGGCUGCAGGACCAAGCCAUGUGGCAAUCAAUGCCAUUUCUGCCAACAUGGAUUCAUUUUCAAGUAGUAGGACAGCUGCCCUCAAGAAGCAGCCCAGUCACAUGGAGGCUGCUCAUUUUGGGGACCUAGGGCGAUCAUGCCUGGACUUUCAGGCCCAAGAGACCAAAUCAAGUCUUUCAAAAACCUUGGAACAAGUCUUGCAAGACAGCAUCGCCCUCCCGUAUUUUAUCCAGUUCAUGGAACUGCGUCGGAUGGAACAUUUGGUCAGAUUCUGGUUGGAAGCUGAAAGCUUUCACUCCACAACUUGGUCCCGCAUAAGAGCACACAGUCUGAAUACAGUUAAACAGAGCUCCUUGGCAGAGCAGGUCUCUCCUUCCUCCAAAAGACGUGAAGCCACAGCAUCUUUCCCAACUGGAUUUCUUGACAAGAGGUUGGAGGACUCCAGCACAGUGCAGCUGCUCGUGACCACAUCAAAAGGAACAGACUUGAAUAGUAGAACUAGCAACGCCCUGAACCACUCGUUGCCUUUCCAGAGUAGAGACGAUGUCCAGGCCCUCCACCUUGGGGUGCUCAAGGCCGACCCACACUCAGUUUCCAUGGAGCAUCAAGAAUCUUCCAGACUUUCAGUAUCAAAUAGAAAUAGCCCUUCUUCUGCACUAAAGGAAUUGUCAGGAAAACUAAUGAGAAGUAUAGAACAGGAUGCAGUGAAUACUUUUACCAAAUAUAUAUCUCCAGAUGCUGCUAAACCAAUCCCUAUUACAGAGGCAAUGAGAAACGAUAUAGUAGCAAAGAUUUGUGGGGAAGAUGGACAUGUGGAUCCUAAUUGUUUUAUUAUGGCACAGUCAAUAGUGUUUAGCGCCAUGGAACAAGAGCACUUUAGUGAAUUUUUGCGAAGUCACCAUUUCUGUAAAUACCAAAUUGAAGUGCUGACCAGUGGGACUGUUUACCUGGCUGAUAUUCUCUUCUGUGAAUCGGCCCUGUUUUAUUUCUCUGAGUACAUGGAGAAGGAGGAUGCUGUGAAUAUUUUGCAGUUCUGGUUGGCAGCAGAUAACUUCCAAUCUCAGCUUGCUGCCAAAGAAGGCCAAUACGAUGGGCAGGAGGCACAGAAUGAUGCUAUGAUCUUAUAUGACAAGUACUUCUCCCUUCAAGCCACGCACCCGCUUGGAUUUGAUGACUUUGUACGAUUAGAAAUCGAAUCUAAUAUCUGCCGGGAAGGAGGGCCCCUCCCGAACUGUUUCACAACUCCACUACGUCAGGCUUGGACCACCAUGGAGAAGGUGUUUUUACCUGGCUUCUUGUCCAGCAACCUUUAUUACAAGUACUUGAAUGAUCUCAUCCAUUCAGUCCGGGGAGAUGAGUUUGCAGGAGGGAAUAUUGCACUGAUCAUUCACGGCCCUGGUAGCCCUCCUGACAACGAGUCUCAUUCAAGUGGUUCGGAGAGCUCAGCUUCUCAGUCAAGUGUGAAAAAGGCUAAUGUUAAAAUCCUGAAAAAUUUUGAUGAAGCAAUAAUUGUAGAUGCUGCAAGCCUGGAUCCAGAGUCUUUAUAUCAACGAACAUAUGCAGGGAAGAUGACAUUUGGGAGAGUCAGUGACUUGGGGCAGUUCAUCAGAGAAUCUGAACCUGAGCCCGAUGUAAAGAAAUCCAAAGGAUCCAUGUUCUCCCAAGCUAUGAAGAAAUGGGUACAAGGAAACACUGAUGAGGCCCAAGAAGAGAUGGCCUGGAAGAUAGCUAAAAUGAUAGUCAAUGAUGUAAUGCAGCAGGCACAAUAUGAUCAGCCAUUAGAGAAAUCUACCAAGCUGUGAUUUUUUAGACAUCAGAAUAAGGAAAUCUGUUUUUGAAGCUCUGCAAAGUCUUUCCUUUUGGUGGAUCUUCUUUAACACAGCCAAUGAAAACGAAGUACUGUACUCCUUGCUUGCCAUCGUUUCUCUGGGAAGAAUGGGAAGCGGAGCGGUCUGGGGCCUCCACUGCAAAGUUCAGAUAAUAUAUACAUAUGUAUAUGUGAUACAUGUACAUAUGUAUAUGUAUGUGUAAUAUAUAUAUACAUAUGUGUAUAUAUAUAUAUAUGUUGUUGCACUUGGAGCUCCUACAGUGUGGGACUAGAAGAGGUGAAGAGACCAUUCUUAGACACUGUUGGAAAAGUAUCCUGGCCUUUGCAAAGGCCAAAGCUGUUUCUAAGGGACCGUUGUUGAUACAAACUUCUGGAGCAGAGUUGGGCCACACCCUAGGGGGUGGGAAAGAUUUUGUUCUAGUUUCUAAUGCCAACACUGCACCCCCUGGGCAACAGGGAAUAGGCAUGAAAGAUAAUGGAACCCCUUAUCCCUCACUAAAUGGAAAUGUGGAAUCCGUCACUUGGUCAGACAUGCCGAUAAGGGAGAGGUAUGAAGUGAUAUCCGUUAAAUUUCCGUACUUGAACUAGGUGAGUAUUAACUGUAAAAUAAGUUGUAUUUUUCCUUCCUUCACCAAGGCAUUCAUUUUGAAGGAAAUCGUUAGGUUAUGAGUGAAGACUUGACAGUGUUACUCGCCUAUGGCAGAACUGUACACUUUCCAUCUUGUUGGACUUGCUUCUGAGAUGCAGAUUAUGUACAAACAGGCCUCUCACCUUCAUAAACCCUCUGCAACUAAGAGAGUCUCAGAGUCAAGACCACUAUGCCAUGUGAGCACCAAGUUCAGAACUGUGCUCCCUGGACGCUGCUCUCUAAUGUUAUAAUUCUUCAGAAAUACCUGUAGAAAAGAAAGAAAACAAAAACCCACCACCACAACUUACUUCCAAUUUUUACGUAGGCCUGUUCUCGACUGAAGCUAUCUCUUCUCAGAUAGGACUGGUUUGGGGCUUUUUUUAUUUUUUUUUUAAUUAAGACUAACCACUCCUCCCCUUAAAGCCCUCUCCUGUUUAUUUUGAAGUUUGGAACUUGUAUCUCCCACCCCUUCCCCACCUCCGGUCAUGACCCCACACCAACCCCGUAACCCAAACAGUAAGCAGACUCGCUUUACCACACUUCUGGUCUUUUAGGGCCUAAAACCAUGAAGAAAUUCUGCAAGAAACCCAACCAGGUUUACACUCCAUUUUAUUUUGGCAAACAUCUUGUCAUGGCAUACUGGAGGCGGGCGGGGCAAAGAGGGUGUCCUUUUCCUGUUACUGCUUUUUAUUGAAAAAAGACUUUGGGGAAAAAUAAUCACUUCAUAAAAAAUUAUCAAUCCUCCUAUGCUCGGAAAUCUCGACUGGAUAGAGAAUGUUUAUUCUGUUGCAAUAUUUGACUGUUUAGCGGCACACUGUUUUGUCAUCAACCAGAAGAAGCAAAAAGGCUGUGUAUUGGUUUUUGGUACUAUGUACCACCUCUUUAUUCCUCUUAUGCCCAAGUAUUCAUGUACUUAAACCAUAUUCUAUUUAAUUGUGUUUGAUUUAAAAUAUAUCUAUAUAUAUAAAAAUAUUAAAAGUUGUCAAUUUUCUGUUUUGA